AUCACAUGUAGGGUUGUGAGGCCAAUAUCUGGUCAGUGUUUUAAUGCUGCUUUCAUAGAAGUGGCUCCAAGCUGUCCGCUGUUAUGCUUUCACCACACAUGAUGAACAUUAUGAUAAGGCUCUGGGACAAACAAACUUAAUUUGUUUCUUUGUCAUUUCCUGUUGCUGCAGUGGAGCUUGUUUGCAGGGAAAAAUACAUUUACAUAUGAAGGGUUAACAAUACUACUGCUUUAAUGGAUUAGUAUUGAUGGUGAAGAAAAAAACAAACCGAAGACUUUGGUGAGUAUAUUUAUGUGAAUAUAAAUUGUAUUCUGAUGUGUUGGCAACAUUUUUAUGUUUGCAGUGUAUACCAAACACUUUGCUGAGUGUGAGGAGCAUCUCCUGUGGUAGGUGAACCCAGUUUCCCUCAGACUUGCAGAAUCAGUUCCAUCUUUUACAUUUCAAUCUUAGAAUUAUCUUUAAAAAAUACUAUUUAUAAACCCAGGCACAUUUAUUUUUCAUUUCCAACGUGUCUAAUGUUAUUGCCUUCUAUGUCCAUAUUACCUUUUUAAUUGUCUGUAAUUGGUUCAUUGACUAUAGUGUCAGUAUCAGUCAUUUAGAAAAUGCCAAAAACCCAUAUUUUAAGCCCUUUGGUGACCCUAUGAUGUGAUGUUAUAAAGUCUGUGGCAUUGGACCAGCAUCCAUGUUUCUACAAAAACUAAAUGUUGAAUUGUUCACCUUUUAUUAGUCUAAACUUAACCACACUUCAACAAUAACUAUGUUUAUUUGCACCAUUGAUGUGUAUUAAAUUGAAUAUGCACUGAUAUAGUGUAAUUCCAAAAUGAGGGCUAAUAACAGUUUGCUUACAAUCAACUUCCUCUGACAGUUUAAAUAACAAUAUGAUUAAGUAACACAGCUUCAGUAUCAGUUUCAUUUCCAUUAUCACAAGCUUCUCUUAUAUCUUUGUCAUUUCUAUUCUUCCACUGUCUCUAUGUGGCACUAAUCACCCCCCAUAUUUUCCAGGAAAUAGUAACAUCAUCCAGUGGCUGCACCGACUCCAGAGGCGUGGAUUCCCAGCAGCUCUGGAGCCUCCUUAAGGAUAAAUAGGCUCUUCGCCUUUAACGGUCCACAGGAUGCGGGAGUAUAAGGUGGUGGUGCUCGGCAGCGGUGGGGUGGGGAAGUCCGCCCUCACGGUGCAGUUUGUCACCGGGACAUUUAUAGAGAAGUACGACCCGACCAUUGAAGAUUUCUACAGGAAGGAGAUCGAGGUGGACUCUUCUCCGUCGGUGCUGGAGAUCCUGGACACAGCCGGCACCGAGCAGUUCGCCUCCAUGAGGGACCUUUACAUCAGGAACGGACAAGGCUUCAUCCUGGUCUACAGUCUGGUCAACCAGCAAAGUUUCCAGGACAUCAAGCCCAUGAGAGACCAGAUCAUCAGGGUGAAAAGGUAUCAGCAGGUGCCGGUGGUGCUGGUGGGGAACAAGGUGGACCUGGAGGAGGAGAGGGAGGUGUCCCCCAGCGAGGGCCAGGCGCUGGCAGAGGACUGGGGCUGCCCCUUCAUGGAGACGUCGGCCAAGAGCAAGACCAUGGUGGACGAGCUGUUCGCUGAGAUUGUGAGGCAGAUGGACUUCUGCCCCCUGCCGGACCGGAGGGAGGCGUGCUGCCCCGCCUGCAGCGUGCAGUAGCAGCCUGUCGGAGGUGAUGGAUGGGAGGGGUGGUAGAAAAUUAGAAUGCAAAUGAAUUCAUGUUAGAUAGAUUAAAGAUGGAGGGGUUUAAAGGAAAAAUCCACUCCUUCUAAAAACGGUUUCUACCUGCUUUCUGUAGCAGAAGUAGACAAAGGUGGCAACAUUUUGACAUACAUCACUCCUCGGACACAGGGUGGAUUUUUCCCUUGAAAGAAUAUAACAACACUUGACCUCCCACGUUCGCCAUCCUUGUUAGCAGGAGUAAAUGUUCGGGGUUUCCCAAAGGCAGCACGGUGCCAAAACCAUCUUAACAAGCCAUCGCCAAAGAGGAUCAUAGUGCGAAAUGCUUCUUGGGAAACCAGCCAUAGGUCCGAGCAGGGAUGGCAGUGUUUUUGGUCCUCUUUUACGUCUACUUGUGUUUUUCUUGUUGCACUUUUGGGACUUAUUUGACAGUGCAAGACCAAUCACCAAGUAUCUGAACGGAUGUCAAGUAACACCACUGUGAAGGAGUCGUACUGGAAGUUAAAUUCACAGCAGGCCCGCCUAACUACGAAUGAAUGAAUAGAUGAACGAAUGUUUAAAAAAAGGAAACCGCACCUUUGGGGAAAUUCCUUCAGAAGAUCCCAACGUUGACAUACUGUGGAUGAUGUGUGCAUGACGUUGUACUGUCACACUGACAUUGAGUACAAUCAAUCUCACCCAAAGAGACAGUAUCAAUCAACUGAUCAAACAAUCAUUGAAAUGUACAGAACACUUGUCUUUACACAUUACGGAUGAUACAAAUGCCUUGUUACAUUGUUUGAAGUUAACAUCAGUGUCAAUGUAUAGUUCAUUUAUCUUAUUCACAUCAGAUAUGUUAGUGGUUCAAUGUGAGAAACACUUAUUUUCAACAAAAAAUAAAUCUUUAUGCACAUAUG